ACCAAAGCGGUUGCAUUUGUUGCAAGUACCUUCGCCAACUUGGAUCUGUGCUUGGUACCACAACAACAACCCCUCCAUAUUCAACUCUGGGUUUGGUCUUGGAUUUUUUUUGUUCUAUGGUGCAAAAAACAUGCGUCCUUCUGUGACUAAGUGGUGUAGAUUUUCCCGAGACUGUGCUGCAAAAUUGAUUAUUGACUUUAGUAGUUUACUAACGAUUGGAGCGGUUUUUGAUUGUGUGUUUUUCAAAGUGUUAUGCAACGAGCAGGGGAAUAAAGUUUUUUAAGUUUUGAAACCAUUAGCACCUCGGAAAGAAGAAAGGUUUAAAUUUUUGUAACCUUAUAAGAGUUUAAAGAUAUAAAAUUAAAGCAAAUUCCUGGUCGAUAAAGGAUAAUCUUUUUAGAGUUUUAGGGCGAUUGAUGAUAGUUAUGGGAAGUUGCAAAGGCUGACGAAGACGAGGUGGUAGGGAACAUGUGUGAUCGAUAUGUACCCGCCAGUCAAAUUGCCACUGAAAAAAAAAACUUCGGAGGUCAUCGUCGUUGCGGGCAGAAACAGUGACCUUCCUCCGCCAGACCAGAACAGAUUACACCAUGAGUGAUGAGUGAUGAGUGAUGAUGUAAUUGAAUGUUCCAGGAGGAUAAGGCUGUCUCUCAGGGUGUCAAUUGGCAGCACCUAGCAAUAUCAGUAGUGAUACAUAUCUAGUAGAAAGCUAGUUGUUCCGAAUCCGUACGUCCUUGACACGGUUUUUUUCGGCGUACCUAGAAAAAACUGCUACGCCUUUCUCUGUGUACGUGCGUGCGAGAUCGUCUGGCCCUCCGAAGUACACAUAGUAGCGACAACUUGUACCGGUACACGAAACUCCUUACUUCGAUAGUGGAAUUGCCUUCGCCAUCAUGGGUCUGUUCGAUAAGCUCGCUAACAUCUUCAAGAUCAAAAAGGAACAGAUCAACAUCCUGGUGGUGGGGUUGAACAACAGCGGCAAAUCGACUAUCGUGAACCACUUUAAAAAUCCGGACGAACGGAGUUCGAUCAUUGUGCCAACGGUGGGAUUCAGUGUGGAACGUUUUCAGAAUCAGGGAGUAUUCUUCACCGCAUUCGACAUGUCCGGUGCGACCCGGUACCGCAGCCUCUGGGAGCAUCACUUCAAAUCGUGCCAGGGCAUCGUGUUUGUGAUCGAUUCGAGCGACCGGAUGCGAUUGGUCGUCGUCAAGGAUGAGUUGGAAAUACUGCUCCAACAUCCGGACAUUUCCAAUCGCCGGGUUCCGAUACUGUUCUUUGCCAACAAGAUGGACUGUACCGAUGCGCUGAGCAGCGUGAAGAUUGCGGCCGGACUGGGGCUGGAGAAGAUCAAGGACAAACCGUGGCACAUCAGCUCCAGCAAUGCGCUAACGGGUGAAGGGCUGCAGGAUGGCGUCCAGUGGAUGGUGCAUCAGAUACGCGAGUGCGUCGCCAGUUCGAAGGAGUAGGGACUGGAGACCGGUUUUAAAUGUGCUUAGUGUGUCCAUCCAUUGCUGUGUAUAUAGAAUAUUCAUUUACUAUUGCUUAUCUGUAACUUUGUCGUCUAUACCCUACAUACAUAUACCAACUCUUGUAUCGAGAGAAUUUUAACCUCCUGGAGAAACGCUUAACUAUCGGAUGUCGGAAUCAAUAAAAGUGCGGUGCACACAUGGUAUUAACAAGAAAA